AUGGCCGGCUGCAGGCUAGGCCUUCUGCUACUGCUGCUGCUGACUGCCCACCCUGGACGCUCGAAGGCUCAGCACUGGUCCCAGGGCUGGUACCCCAGAGGAAAGCGGGCUUCCAGCUCAGCCCAGCACCCACAGCAUGUCCCAAGGCUCCCAGCAAGCAGACCAGACAAGGCUGCCCAUAACCUCCCAAGCGAUGCCCUGGCUCCCCAGAACAGUGUGUCCUGGGAGGCCAGAACCACAGGCUGGUGGUCCCUCUACAGGAAGCAGCGCCUGGUGCAGACACUGCUGGAGAACCCAGUGUGUCUCCCAGUGGGAAGAGAUGAGGAGUGUGAACUCACACUAAUAGAAGGGGCCCCAGAACCAGGUGGUCACUGCACUAGCAAUGACUUGGUGAUUGCAGAAGACCGAGUGCAGAGAUGGAUUACUACUAUUUUGCAAAUUUAUUUUAAAGUGCACCAGGAGGGCGCUAACUGA